UUCAUUCAUGAGUCGAUCUCUCUCCACCUCGCGAGCUUGACCCUCGCCCUACCCGGAAAUUUCUGAUAUUUUGUAAUAUAGGAUGAUUUCGAGAUCAGAUUCCGAAUCUAUAACAUUCGGAUUCGGAAUCAAGUUCCCAAAUUUUGGAGUAGGCGAGCUGACGAAGAUUCUGAGAGAGAGAUGGAGGCUGGAACUUCAGAGAUGGAUCCAGAAGCGAUCCCUGUAACAUUCGGUGAGAUUCAUCUAGAGAGAUUCCAUUUCUUCUUUGGCGUUUCAAUCUUCCUCAUGAAUCUGCUGUAAAUUCGUUGUGUGUUGUCGUAUGUGUUCUUCAAUUGCAGAUUCCUUCCGAUAUUCAAUAGUUUCUGAAUUUCAUCCCUUUUUUGUGUAUUGUUGUUUGAUGAUAUCUGUAACAUUCCCAAAAAUAAAAUCUUGAUUUUUGCUAUCAAUAAAUCAGCGUCAGGGCCAUGUAGUAAUCGAACCAAUCUCCAACAGGGGAGGCAAAAUUCUUCUGACUAAUGAAAUAUAUAUAUAUAUAUAUAUAUAUAUUGCCAUUUGAUUGCCAAAGCCUAUAAAUUUGCAUUCGUUAGUGAACUUCAUCACCAAGACUUGAGAAAGAAGAAAGUUCAAAUCCUCUCUCCGCAGUUUCAUCUAUCUUUCUUUCUUGAAGAGCAAUCGAUCAAAGCCUUCUUCACCGGUCAAAAGAUUUCUGGGUUCUUCAUCUAUUCCCGUUCUUGUUCGAAAUCCUAGCCUGGUUUUGGUCGAUUAGUUUCGUGUUCGCUUCUAGGGCUUUCUGGUGGGUUUUUCGCGUCACGUAAAUGGUGUCCGAUCAAUUUCUUUUGCUUUCCUCCGACAAAAUACGGCCAAAAGCGUUGGGAUUUCUACCUCUUUAGUGUUACAGUAGCGUAAAGAUUACAGGGUCUGAGGGAAAAAAGCCAUGCUUAGCGUGUUUCGAUUGGAACUACCGUUGAAAACUCCCAUUGCCGGCCGCGAGUUAACUCCCAAACUGCUUGUCCGUCGACCGGACAGGACCAUCACCGCCGAUGAUGUCCCUGAGUCGGCACCUCUUGAAGGUCACUUCUUGAGGUACAGAUGGUAUCGUGUUCAUAGUUAUGGGGAAGUUAUAUACUGUAGUGUGCAUCCAUCAGAACGAGCUACAUCGCAGUGUCAAUCCUGUUCAAAGUAUAACACUCUUACUGCAAUGAGCUACCAUUGUUCACCGGAAUGUUUCUCGAAUGCGUGGUAUGAUUAUCAUCGGGUUGUGCAUGAACAAGCGACGAAAGCUGCCGCCGAAAAGAAGAACGUUGACGAUGAGUUACGUCGCUAUCUUAGCUCAACAUUUGGCAGUUUCUUCGGGUCUGUGUCAAAUCCUAAUCUUUCCAAUGUCUCAGCCACACCAAACUACAUUGGAGGGGAGAGAUUGGUUGAGGUGGGGUGCUCUAGAACAUACACACCUAUGGAUCGGGAUAUAGGCCACGUUUUGAGGUUCGAGUGUGCUGUGAUCAAUGCAGAGACGAAAAAGGCUAUUGGAUACCCAGAUGAUAUAUGGACUAAUCAUGUUAUUGCACCUCCUCCAUCAAUUCCCCGUAGGAUGAUCCCCGUUGAAGGAAUCGAUCAAGACGAUGGCCUUACAUCUGCAGGAUCGUUCACUCUUCUUUCGUAUAAUAUCUUGUCUGAGUCUUCUGCCGAUGGCCGCUUAUACAAUUACUGCCCUCCAUGGGCUCUUUCUUGGCCUUACCGUAGUCAGGAGUUGUUACGGGAGAUUGUCGGGUACCGUGCGGAUGUAGUUUGUCUGCAAGAGGUACAAAGUGAUCAUUUCGACGAUUUUUUCCGACCUGAACUCUAUAAACAUGGGUAUGAAGCUCUGUACAAGAGGAGAACUGAUGAGGUUUUCAGUGGUAAUGUACAUAGGAAGAUUGACGGGUGUGCGACGUUUUUCCGGGCGGAUAGGUUUUCGUGUGUCAGAAAAUACGAUGUCGAAUUCAAUAGAGCUGCUUGGUAUUUGGCUGAGGCCGUAAUCCCGAGUGACCAGAAAACAACUGCUUUGGACCGACUGGUUAAGGAUAACGUCGCUUUAAUAGUUGUUUUGGAAGCGAAAUUCGGUAAUCAAUGCACCGAUGCCUCGGGCAAGCGACAGUAUAUAUGUGUGGCAAACGCGCACGUAGUAAAUAUUGAUCAAGAACUGAAGGACGUGAAGCUCUGGCAGGUUUUCACAUUACUAAAGGGGUUGGAGAAAAUAGCUUCUCAUUCCGAUAUCCCUACCAUCGUGUGUGGAGAUUUGAAUUCGUUCCCCGGGAGCGCUGCUCAUUAUCUUCUUUCGACGGGGAUGAUCCACCCGUUGCACCUGGAUUUCGAGGUAGAUCCCCUCGGUAUCUUGCAUCCGAAAGACAGGCUGACCCAUCAACUGCCACUGGUGAGCGCGUACGCAUCGUUUAUGACUAGGGGAACGGGUCGUGGAAGCGUGAUGCACAGCAGGAGAAUGGAUUGCCAGACGAACGAGCCUCAGUUUACUCACUGUUCGAGGGCGUUCUUAGGGACCUACGAUUACAUAUUCUACACAGCGGAUACGUUAAGGGUGGAGGCCUUAUUGGAGCUGUUGGAUCUGGGCGCUGCUCUUCCUUCCUCUCAAUGGCCUUCUAGCCAUUUAGCACUCAUGGCCGAGUUCCGCCUCUCGCCUAAGACCCGGUCGCCCGCGCCAAACGCCAAACGCCUAAGGCUAAACGCUAGUACAGAGUUGUUAUAAGAGAUAGGGACUAGAGCUUUGGCAAUGGCGGCAGAUGAGCUGUCUGUAGACAUUCUUCUUGACUCAUUUCUUGAUCUUAGGAGAUGGCGUUUUUUUUGUUCAUCACAACAAUUGCUUCCUUUUUUUUUUCUUCUCUUGACGAAUACGAUGAUGUAAGAGAAGAGGAUGGAACAUCAGAUAGUGUACAAGAUUCAGAAGAUUACAGUAAAGCUUUGUUAUGAGAA